UCGGCAGGCGACUAUCAUUCAAAUUAACGGGCAGUGAGGAGGCGGGACCGAUGUUGGUCCCGCCCCCGCUUGCUCUGAGGCACUUCAAGGCUGCGCGCUUCUGUCAGUUUCAGAGGCUGAGAGAACUUGCUGAGGCGCUGUCACUAUGGAGCAUAAAGACAUCUUCAGGGGAAGUAGCCAGUGCUUGAGUUAUUCAGGCGGAAACCAGAAACUGAUGGAAGGAUUUAACAGUAGCAUAGUGGCAAAAUCACCUGCAUUAUUCAAUUCUUACAAAUGGCAGAACAACAAAGUUAUAGACGUAAGUCAAAAUUAUGACCCUUCAGGCCUCACCGGCCCCUUGGAAAAUUCCACAAACGUAGUUGAUUCUUUUCUGCCUUACACACCAUGGUCUACCAAUGGAGAAGAAAUACAAGCAUCAGGCAACCCUCAGGUUAUGUCUAAGAUUCAAGCUGAAAGGCAUGAGUAUGGAAGCGAGUCAGAUCUCUAUGGAUUAGUGUCUAACAUUCUGGAAGAACCAGACAAAUCACAGCCAUAUUUUGCGGAAGGGGCAUGCUCUUCCAUUUUGAAAUCACUAUGGGCAGUAAACAGACUUCCAUAUCAGCAAGAGCUACUUCCAGAAACAAAAAGACAAACAGAGCCAUCCUUCAUAUAUCCAAAUAGGUACACAACAGAUUCCAUUCCUAGUCAUGGAAUGCAAAAACUGGAGGAUACAUAUCAUGGUUUGCCCGGUGUGGGCCCAAAUCAACAUAUGCUUUUUUCAAGCAGGACAGAUAAUGCAGCCUAUAACAAUGACAACUCUAAUGUGGCUUUCCAGUCAUACUGUCUUGAAAAAAAUUGUUUCACACCAUCCUAUGGAUCAACUGAAUCUCUAAAAGACUUUCAACCGAAGAGAACAGAUUUAUAUAAUUCCCAUUAUAACAGACAUUACGAUGGUGACUUUGGUCAGUACAACAUGAUAAAUGCUGUAGCAUCCAAACAAACUGACACCUCAAGGUCUGGCAUUCAAGAUGGCAAAAAAUCACUUAAUGGAUCAGAAAGUGUUUCUGUGGAUAAUGAUAUUUACUCUAGAAUAUUCCAAGCAAAGCAAGGCUACCAAAUGAAUACAGAAGAUUUCUCAAUUAGUCAACAGAAUUAUAAAUGCCCAAAAGUUCCCCAAGUACACCCAGAUAACCUUAUUGCAAAAGAUAUAUUUUCACCAGAUUGCAGACUAGAACCAGAUUAUACACUUGCUCUAGAAGGAGGCAGCGAUUUUGGAAAUAACGUAGAGAAUAUGCACCCUAAGCACAAUGCACAUAAUUUUACAAGCCUGUUAUCUGCUUCCCCGGUGGAUGCUAAAUCAGUCAGGUCUCCAUGGAUGAAGCGGAACAGUGAAAGUAAUAAAAUGCAUUGCAAUCAAGGCACCAUGCUGAGAAUUAGCAGUCAUUCAGCUGGCGUUCAGAAAAACUCUACUCAAAACACAGACUAUACUGCUGUAUGUUCACCCUCUUUCACUCCAAAUGUCACUUCAGUGUUCCAGAAAUCCUCCCAAGAGAACAUGCCGACCUUUGAUUACAAUUGUUGUACUCCAGACAGAAACCAGGAGGACUUUGGCCAGACAGAAGAAGAAGAAGAAAGCCUGUAUGGACUUGCACAAGACAAUGAGCUUAAGCCUCUCAAUGGAUUUCAUGAGAACUUCCCAUACCCCUAUGGUGUUUUUGACAUUGGAAAGCAGGGCUUUCAAAUGAAACCUCACAGUGCACAGCGUAAUGAAUUGGAAAAGAAUUUAGAGAACAUACCGCAAAACCUUCAGGAUUUGCUUGAUCGUUUAGGGAAGUGUAAAAGCCAAACGAAAGCAAGUGGUAAUAAUAAGACUGUUACCAACAUCAAUAAAUGUAACCCUCUUCAAGCCAAAUGGUUUUCUGGCCCCAUUAUGAUGGGUGGUGACGCACAAACUAGUAUCCUUCAUCCAAUGCCUUUCACCAAUCUAAGGUCUCAUUUUCCACAUCCAUUGAGCCAUUCUGUCCUCCCCUUCCUUGAUUCCUGCAAAUCACAUCCUUUUGAAGAUAUAAAGCGACUGAACCCUCACUUUAACGACUUGAUAUAUGGGGAAUCCAGUUAUUCCACCUUGACACCAAUGUUUGGCAUCCAUGGAUCUCUAAGGCCCCGGAAUGUGUCUGCCAACGAAUUACAUAUUUGCCUGGAUGAGUGUUAUGAGCAAUGGCGAGCAAUGGAAAAAGAGAGGAAAAAGGCAGAAUCAAUUCUUGCAAGAAAGUAUCCAGGCAAAAAAGUCUCAAGCUCUAACAAUACCACAAUCCCAAGGCUCUGUGCCAAUCCUUCUAGAGUUGAUAGACUGAUUGUGGACCAGCUACGUGAACAUGCCAGGGUUGUAACUCUGCUGGGGAAAAUGGAGCGCCUACGUAGUUCCCCCCUACAUGCUAACAUCUCUACAGCCCUCGACCGGCAGUUGGAGGCAAUUCACAUUGCACAGGUGCGCCGCAAGGAUGAAAUUAUCAAUGCAUCAAAUCGCCAGAGGCAAGGAGGGGCUCGCUGCCAGGAAGAGAGAGAUGUCAUUGCCCUUGCUUCCUCUCUCAAAAAUGUUUCAGCAGCCACCCGCAAAUCUCGGACUGCAUUAUGGUGCGCUCUGCAGAUGACUCUGCCUAAAAUACUGUGCACUACCAACGAGGAUCUGGAAAAGGCUUUGGCAAAUCCACAGGAAGAGAUGUAACCACCAUGUUCAGUUCAUUAUGUUGUUCCCCAUCUAAAUAUUAUAAAGAUGGACUGCAACGGUUCUACUUUUUUUUUUAAGUACCAGUGUAGGUACUUGAAAUUUGUUCUCUUUUCAAUGAAGUGUUUUGGUUCCUUGAUGAAGUAGAAGUUUCUGAAAUAGAUCCAUGAAGAAACUUUAUCAUAAAAAAAUGCGUAAUUAUAAUAAGCAUUGCCAGAGCAGAAAGAUUAGUUAAAAGGUUUCUUGUUUACCCAUUAUUGAUCAAUAAUAAUGAAUUUUUUUCUCACCAAGGAAAUAUCAUUCAGGUGAAUGCUGGAGGGCAUCUGUUGGAUUUGUGGAUUGUGUUUGUGCUUUAGUUAUGUUAUUUUGCCCAAGACACCUCAUCUUGUCCUAAAUGGACAUUCCUGUAUUUCUUUUUUAGAAUGGGAAGGUAAAUUUGGUUAAAUGCAGUUGUUCUAAAGCUGCAUCCCCACAGAAAAAAAAUUGGAGCCGUGGCUCCUUAAACUAUCUAUUUAUUACAUUUUAAAUAUAUUAGUAGUGCAGUGCUGGUGCUUUACAGGCUGAAUACCUUCACAAGAAGCAAAGUAGUAGUGCAUGCUGCAUCUUUCUUAUUGGCAUGCAUCUCAUUUGUUCCACACCAACAUGGCAUUACUAAUAUGUUCCUUAAUCGCUCACAGAUAGAGAACACCAAUAGUAACGCAGAGACCGUUGUAACCAUGGGGUAGAUUUAUCAAAGAGUGAAGUUAGAGAUCUCCACAGUCUGCAGAGUGAAAUACCAACUCUUCCAUUAA